AUGGAAGGUAAGACCUCUAAGCUAAACCGCGCGCCUUCCUCCCUUCUCCGUUCUCCAACGCUUCGCUCCUCCGUCCACAGCCUCGCCGCGCUUGAUUCAGUGGGAUCCGAUCCGGAAGAAAUCAAACCCCAUUCUCCGCCUCCCUCUGCCUCGGCGGCGGCCGUUUCUGCCGGAGUCAAUUCCGGCCACCGUCUCGCUUUCCUCUCCCUUCUCCUAACUCUUUUUCUCCUCAUCGUCUCCUUCUUCUACCUCCGAGACCAGUCUCCUUCCCUCUGGAACCUCUCCCUUGCCUCCGCUGCGGUGGCUGCCGCCUCUUUGAUCCUCAGGUGUGUGCCCCUCGGCCAACCUCGCCUCUCUCUCCCCCGCCGCCUCGGCGGCCGUAGCCGGAGCGAUUCUGUGCGGUGGUUCAUCGGGGACGACGAAGGUGAUGAAGAGAAUCCAUGCCCUAAAAUUGGGGCAAAAGCUGUGAGAGAAGGAGUCGAAUUCUACAGCAACGGGGAUUUCUACGAAGGGGAGUUUCACAAAGGAAAGUGCAGUGGAAGCGGAGUUUACAAUUUCUUCGGGCAGGGAAGAUAUGAAGGCGAUUGGGUUGAUGGGAAGUACGACGGAUAUGGAAUCGAGCGGUGGGCGAGAGGGAGUCGGUAUCGGGGCCAGUAUCGCAACGGUCUCCGCCAUGGAUUUGGGGUUUAUAGGUUUUAUAAUGGCGAUAGCUAUGCGGGCGAGUGGGUCGGCGGGCAGAGCCAUGGACGAGGAGUUCAGAGCUGUUCUGAUGGUAGCUGUUAUGUGGGGGAGUUCAUGUGCGGUGUGAAGCAUGGAUUAGGGUUUUACCAUUUCAGAAAUGGAGAUAAAUAUGCGGGCGAGUACUUUGGUGACAAAAUUCAUGGUUUUGGAGUUUAUCACUUCGCGAAUGGCCAUUGCUAUGAGGGUUCAUGGCACGAAGGAAGGAGGCAAGGCUUUGGGACAUAUACAUUUAGAAGAGGAGAAGCGAGAUCCGGAGAAUGGAAUUGUGGAACUCUUAAGAACCCUCUCCCGCUCAUGGACCCCAAUGUUCAACGCGCCAUUCAGUCCGCCAGAAAAGCUUCGGAGAAAUCACUUCUGCUACCGCGCGUUGAAGAGCAGGUGAACAAAGCAGUUAGCGCAGCAAAUAGAGCCGCCACCACGGCCAGAGUAGCCGCCAUUAAAGCUGUGGAGAACCGAAUGAACGGGAAGUUCUGCAACACAGAAGUCUGAAGUGAAGAACAGAAUAAUGAGAGUAAUCUCUUCCAUCUUCUAACUGUGCAUAUUUUAGCUUAUUUUUUCUCUUCUCAAUAUUUUCAGUGUCUGUGAUCAAUCUGAUCACUGUGAGUUUGAAGGCUUUAAGAAGGAUGAGAUUAUUAAAAUCCUCCUUUUCACACCAAGCUGUACAUAAAUCCACAUUUGUGUCUUUUGAAUCAUAGUUUUCUUCCUAACCUCAAAGAAAUGUUGUUGUGUAGAGCCUGUGGCAUAUAUUCACUUUAAUAGCUAGU